AAGCUCAGAAGCUCGGGGAACAGUAUUGUAGACCAGCAUAGAGAGAGAUGAAGCUACCACAUAUCUUCUGCUUGUUCCUGGCUGUCCUUGCCUCUACUUGGGCUGAGGACAUAGCGACCAUAUUGAGCCCUCGUGGAACCCGGCCAGUAGAGCAUGGCUACAAGGCUGAUAAAUGUGCCACAGAGAGGAGCUGGCCUUUCUGCUCAGAUGACGACUGGGGUCCUAAGUGCCCGUCAGGUUGUCGUAUCCAGGGUCUGUUAGACAAGGCAGACCAUUCCCUGCUGAAGAAGAUAGAGAAGAUUAGGCAGCUCCUUGACCAGAACAGAGCCAAACACCGCUCUGCCGACCAGGCAUCCAAACAGACCUAUGACUACCUCAAGGAGAAACUCACCUCCAACGCAGGUAAUGACAACAGCUUCUAUGACCUGGCAGAGCGUCUCCGUCAGAGGAUCGUCGACAUCAAGAUCAAGAUAGAGCGCCAGCUGAGGAUCCUCAACGCUCUGAAGACCAGCGUCAAAGACCAGGUUAUAGAGAUGCAGAGACUGGAGGUGGACAUCGACAUCAAGCUGCGCACCUGUAAGGGAUCUUGUAAGGGCUACGUUGAGUUCUCUGUUGAUAAAGAAUCCUACGUGGCUCUGGACAAACAGAUGGACCAGCUGGAAUCCCAGAGCGUUCAGUCUGUGGAGACCGUACGCACGCUGUACGUCAUGAAGAGCCGACCGCUUAAAGACAUAGUGAUCGACAGUAAGUACAAGUCCGGCCCGGCUGAGGAGCAGAAGGAGGUAUUCUUCCCGGAGGUGAAGACCGUGAAGCUAACCUUGGAGACCCAAGGGUCUGACGCUUUGUCUGACGCCACUGCCAGCAAGGUCCAGGGUACGCACUUCAAGCCUUCGACUUCAGGCUCUUCAUCAUCAUCGGGUUUGUCAACGGGGUCGGGGACGAAGGACGGGCCGAGGAAAACAAUCACAGAGCUGGGUGGUGGUGGGGGGACAAGGGGGGAUGGAGUUGGGGAUUUCUUUAAAGGGAUGGGUGGAUUCGGCGGUGGUCUGGGAAGUCUCGGAGGCGGAGAUUUCGCCACUACUGGUCACCUGACCACUCAGACGUCGAGCUGUACCAAGACGACGAAAAGGACGAUAGUACAUACGAAGGACGGGCCAGUGGAGCGCAUCGAGGAAGUAUCGGGCGGACUCGGCUGUGAGGCGCUGAAGCACGGUGGCGGAGGAGGAGGAGGGAUGGGCGACUUCUUCCCAUCCCUCACCUCCUCCUCUUCCUCCUCCUCCUCUUCCUCCUCCUCGUUGACCAAAACCACGAGCCACGGCGGCACCAAGGGAGGCAGUAGCAUCCUCACCAGCACCAAGACCGGUGGCACCGGCGGCGGUUUCGGAGGUGAUCCGUUCGGAAUGGAUCUCGGAGCGUUCAUGCGCGGGAACGAGGAAGACGACGUCCCAGAUUUCCACGCCCGCAGCGUGAAGACUAGCGUCCGGAGCGAGCGGCAGGCGGAUUAUGUGGGAAAAGAUUGCUCCGACAUCCAACGGAACCAUCUCACAGGGGAAAAGAGCGGCCUGUACAAAAUUAACCCCUCUACCUCCCUCUCCACCCCCUCUCCGAACGGGGUAGUGGAGGUUUACUGCGACCAGGAAGGGUUUCUAGGAGGGUGGACCCUGGUCCAACAGAGAGCGCAUGGGGGGGUUAGCUUCAACCGUUCCUGGGCAGACUACCAGGAGGGGUUCGGAGGAGUGGACGGCCAGGGUAAAGGGGAGGUAUGGCUAGGGUUAAAACACCUCCAUCUCCUAACCCGGGAGGAUAGUAUGUUGAGGAUAGAGCUAGAAGACUGGGAGGGAGGGGAGGCGAUAGCCGAGUACACAGUGAAAGUGGGGUCCGAAGCUGAGGGGUAUCAGUUAACUGUGGCGGAGUAUGCAGGCGACGCAGGAGACGCUUUAGUCAAGGGGGAGUCUAGUUUAGGGAGUCAGGGGUCGCCCGGGUUGAGGUCGUUCCUCUCCCACGAGGGGAUGAAGUUUAGUACCUUCGAUAAGGAUAAUGACCAAUGGGAGGAGAGCUGUGCAGAGAUGUACGGCGGCGGCUGGUGGUAUAACAACUGCCAGAGGGCUAACUUAAACGGUGUUUACUACAAAGGGGGGAAGUAUGAUCCUGGUAGCAACGUUCCGUACGAGAUAGAAAACGGAGUGGUGUGGCUGACGUACAAACCAGCUGACUAUAGUCUGAAGACCACCCGCAUGAAGAUACGGCCGCUCGCCAUGGCCUGAGAGAGAGAGGGAAGGAGAGAGGGAAG